AUGUUCAUGUUGAAGAGCUUGGGAAAGAUGAUCUGGGGCGACCCGAACAAGUCCGAGGUCGUCUCGAUCCCCUCCGGGCAGCUCUACCUUGUCAGGCCUGGAUCGUUGAAGGGGUUGCGCGAGUGCAUCUUCAAGGAUGCUGCCGCCUGUAUUCGUCGUACGACUACCGAGUAUCACUAUCAGUUGGUCAUCCAAAGGGUGUAUGAAGAGGGCGAGGAGGAGUUCGACGAGAAUGACGAAGAAGACGAUCUCUCUGACGAGAAGACGUUCUUGGUUGAUGAGUCUCUUCAGUUCCGUACCGGUACGAGAGACGGCUGUGUUACCUUUGCGUGGCGUGACCUCUCCGGUGACAAGGGUGAUCUCUAUGAGUUUGUCUGUGACAAGACCUCUCAGACGGGCUCUACGCAAACAUUUGAAUUGGUCAUGUACCAGUGUAUGUUUGAAAGAAAGUACAGGCGAUCCCACGAGAAUGCAACGGAUGCCGAUUUGGAGCAGUUCACCUAUGUUGCACCUGAACGACAGGAACAACCGGCGACUCCGCCUCGCGCACAAGCUCCCGUUGCAUCGACGACGCCCACCAAGACUCCUGUGACCAAAUCUCCUGCUCAGCCCAAAUACGAAGCACCGCCGCCGGAGCCUACUACUGCGCCUCCUGCUCGUGCACGCCCUGAAGGCGGCGAGAUUCUUGCCGAAGUGACGGCAGAGUUGCAUUUGUUUGAUGCGGCUCAGGGCGUCUUUAUGCUCCAGGACCAAGAGGUUACUGCUGUUGUUACGGAGGUCGAUCAGUGGCAGUACUGGCUUUCCAUCGAUGGCAAAGACAAGCCAUGGCUAGGCCAGCCGUUGGAGGCGGAAAUGAACCCGGUUUUCAAUUACGAGCACACCUCGUUCAUCUGGAAUUACUAUGAUGAUGAGUCUCAUGCAUACUCAUGGCUUCUGCGCUUCAAGGAUAUUGAAACCGAGGAGAAGUUCCAGGAGGGUGUCAUGCGGGCAUUGUGGGAGCGUUUGAACGAGGUGAAGUGGACCAAGGUCAAGGAUGACGAGCGCGAUUAUGUUAUGGAAGCUUUCCAAGAAGACACGGACAUGCCGGACGUUCCCGAGGAGGAUGAAGAGGAGGAGGAGCAAUACGCCGAUGCUCAACAGAGCGACGAUUACGAUAUGGACGAAGAGUGGGAUAAUGAGGUCACCAAGAUGGACGCCGCUGGUGAAAACAGCCAGUUGGCCGUUGGUUACAAGCACGACCGCUCCUUCGUCGUUCGUGGAAACAAGAUCGGAGUAUUCAAGCACACCAACGAUAACCGCUUGGAAUUUGCUACGACAAUUAACAAGGUCCAGAACCUUAAGGGCGUGGACUUUGACCCCUCUAAGGUUAUGCUUCAUGAGGAAGACAGUGCUAUGCUCUUGCAGAACCCCAACGAUCCUACCAAGAUCUUCCGUAUGGACCUCGAGUACGGCAAAGUUGUUGACGAAUGGAAUGUUGGUGAGGACAAAGUCGUCAAGACCUUCGGUCCGUCUAGCAAGUACGCACAGAUGACUGGAGAGAAAACCGUCCUUGGUCUCGGCCCUAACUCGCUUUUCCGUAUUGACCCUCGUUUGUCCGGUAUGAAGCUGGUCGAGUCCGAGCACAUGCAGUACGCUACCAAGAACGACUUUUCGGCUAUUGCUACAACGGAGACUGGAUUCGUUGCUGUCGCUUCAAACAAGGGCGACAUCCGUCUCUUCGAUCGCGUCGGAAUUCGCGCCAAGUGCCAGUUGCCCGCUCUCGGUGAGGCUAUCAUCGGCAUCGAUGUAACUGCGGAUGGUAAAUGGAUUCUCGCAACGUGCAAAACCUACCUUCUCCUUAUCGAUGCUACCGUCAAGGACGGCAAGUACGUUGGUGAGCUCGGUUUUAAGCGCGGGUUUGCCAAGGAUAGUAAACCCCGUCCUCGCCGUCUCCAGUUGAAGCCAGAGCACAUUGCCAUGUUCCCUCGCAAUGCGCCGCUUAGCUUCACUCCCGCUAAGUUCAAUGCUGGUACUGACACGACGGAGACGUCGAUCAUCACCAGUACUGGUCCUUACGUCGUUACUUGGAACUUCAAGCAGGUGAAGAAGGGCCAGCUCGACAAGUACCAGAUCAAGAGUUAUGGUGAUGAGGUUAAAGCAGAUAACUUCAAGUUCGGAUCCGAUAAGAACGUCAUCGUCGCCUUACCCCACGAUGUAUCGAUGGUUGCAAAGCAAGCGUUCAGGAAGCCUACGAGGGAGUCGUUAUCGACGCCUAUCAGAAACCGUAUCAACCGCAGCCAUAUCGUCAACAGCCCCUUUUAGACAGAUGCGGCACAGCUGCAGUGUAUGGAGGCGCAAGCUGCAAUGCUUUGACAGGAGGAAGACCGUUUUGUAUCUCUUUGGUUCGUCACGCGCGGUGUUUC